GGCAGUAAAACCUUUCGUAGGCCCUCGAAGCUCAUGGCAUUUCUUCGAGUGUUUGCGAUAAGGCUGGGUGAAGUAAGGUUACAUGGAAAGGGAGUCUACGGUGUCCUUAGGACUUCUUUAACAAUUUAAAGAGAGACUCAUAGGAGUAAAAAGAAGCUUGCCAAGAUGGCAAAUGUGAUCUGUGGGAGGGCACGCAUGGUGACUUACCUGCCAGGGAUCCAUGUUCUGGUACGCCGUGUUGUCGGGGCCAGGUCCUUCUCUGGGGCUGGAUCCUCAGGGUCUGACGAGCCCCACCGGAUGAUCGUACCACCUGACCUCGGUCCCAGGACAGUGUGGCCAGAUGACAGUAUGGGUCCGUUUGGACCUCAGGAUCAGCGCUUCCAGUUGCCCGGUAAUGUGGGCUUCGAUUGCCACCUGGAGGGCACUGCAGAGCAGAGGAUGAGAACGCUCCCCAGAAAAGUUCCAGAUGUGCUGACUGCGCCCUCCAGCAGUGACCGACACCAGUUCAUUUUGGCCCAGCUGGUCUCAGAGUUUGGGGGCCAGGAAUCGCCACCAGAGCCUGUUAGCAAAGUGGACCAGUACUUUGAUAACUCUCAUGUGGAGUGUGCCAUACAGUUGUGCCCCGAGCUGCUGAAGAAAGAUUUCCAGUUAAUGUUCCCGGAAGCGCCCUCAAACAGCAUGAUGGUGGUAACCGUGACGCAGAAGACGGAGAAUGACAUGACCCGCUGGUCUGAGGAGGUGGAGGUCGAGCGGGAACAGUUACUCUCCAAAUUUAUUGAAGGGGCCAAGGAGAUCUGUUAUGCUUUGCAGAAAGAAGGUUUUUGGGCAGACUUCAUAGACCCUUCCUCAGGGCUCGCUUUUUUUGGCACGUACACCAACAACACGCUGUUCGAGACGGAUGAAAAGUAUCGCCAUCUGGGUUUUCGCAUCGAAGACCUGGGCUGCUGCAAAGUCAUCAGUCACGCCCUCUGGGGAACACACGCGUUUGUGGGAACGGUUCUCACCAAUGCACCUGCAAACAGUCUUGUCAUGAAGAAACUACAAGGCAGCCAAGAGUGAAAGGACCACUGCGGAAGACCCAGGAUGACCGCUCUAUGUCCAGAUAUGCUGUGGUUGGUACAGCAUUCAUGAUUCUUGAUUAAAUUAAAUCAAGACGCAGACUAAAGUGGGUCUUUGGCACUUAGACCGUCAGACUUUUGCCUGUACACUAUAUGGAAACUUGAAGUGUGGUCAAAUUAGGUACCUCGAUGAGCUGUAUUACACAUAAGAUUACAAUAUAUUUAUUUUUAAUAAUACAAGUAAAUAAGUGAUGUAUUAUAUGUGACUGUUUUCUCUGUCUACUACAUUAUUAGUCUAUGAUGUUCCAUUCUUAACUGAAGUUAGCGAGUUGUCGCUGGGUGUGUGAUCAUCUUCCCUACACUGAACUCUCUCACCCUGGGUCUGGAAUGGCUGCUCUGAUCCAUGCUUAAAAAAAAAAAAAAGCAUUCAAUCACAUUGCCUUUUACCUCUUAGUUCGGUUGAGAGCUCAGUUGUUAGUAUCUUGGUGUGUCUGUGUGAGCUCUUUUGGGUUGUUAAGCUCUGUGAUAUUUUGUUGUAGAUAAGAGAUUUGACUUGAUGCUGAGUGAGUGAUUGUGGUAACAUUGUAAAUUCUAUGGCAGCUUUUGCUAGAGGUCCACGCUAUAGAGAAUAAAGAAAAGUAUUUUGUCA